AUGCCUCGCAUCUGGUUCAUCACCGGCUGCUCCUCCGGCUUCGGUCGUCAAUUGGCCAUCGCCGCGGCACAAUACGGCGAUAAAGUCGUUGCGACAUCUCGCGAUCCAUCCAAAUUAGACGACCUGAAAGAACUCGGAGUCAUCCCGACCAAGCUGGAAGUUCACAACGAGACCGAAAUCCAAACCGUCAUCGAAAACGUCGAAUCCACCAUCGGGCCGAUUGACAUCCUCAUCAACAACAUCGGGUAUAUCCUCGAAGGUGCUAUUCGUGUCCUUCGCGCAGUCCUGCCAUACAUGCGCGCCCGGAAAUCCGGCGUGAUUGCUAACUUCGGGUCCAUCGGUGGUUGGAACGGUACCCCUGCUGCUGGGCUUUAUUGUGCUAGUAAAGCGGCUGUUGCUAUCUAUACCGAGUCGUUGGCGGCGGAAUUGGCUCCUUUUCAUAUUGAUGUUACGUGCGUUGAGCCGGGGUAUUUCCGGACGGAUUUUCUCACGGGGGGACAUAAAAUGGUUGCGAAGAAGCGUAUUCCGGAGUUGGAUGUGAGCACGCAGCAGACGCGUGAUGGACUUGCGGCCUAUAGUCUGAGGCAGCCUGGGGAUCCGGUGAAGGGGGCGCAGGUCCUUGUGGAGGCGUUGACGAAGACGGGGCGCUGUGAGGGACGACAAUUACCGCUGAGGUUGGCUUUGGGGACUGACUCAUUGACUGCUAUUGGGCGCAGCUUGAAGAGGGAGCAGGAGAUGCUGGAUAGUUGGAGGGAGAUUAUUGCGUCGACGGAUUGCGAUGAUGUGAGGGGAUAG